CACAAACCUGAUUACGUUUCACGGCUACAUUUACUUUACUAUAACUCAAUUAAUUUUAAUUUUUAAUUAUUAAUUACUAAUUUAGACAUACUUUUAAUGUGUUAAUCAUAGUCUAGCGAUACAUAAAAUACAUAUGAGCGCAGGAUCCAUGACGUAGGUUAGCAGUGGGUUCGAGCACAGGUUAACCUAAUAUAGAGGAUCGCGUCGUGUGAUGGCAACGAAUAAGAGAGAUAUAAUGAGGUUGCCUCAUCAUUCUGCUAUGGAAUUGUGUAUGACAAGAGCGAAGUAUAGACAAGGCAAGAAACUGACAUCAGUUAAGGUGUAUACUGUAAACAGCGAGUCCCAGCAUCUUUUGGUGUGUGGUGUCCCUUCAUUAGGGCUUCAAGAUGAACUUCGGCGAUUGUGUACCAGGUUUGGUGAUGUCAAGUCAUUGGUGUUUGUCCCCAAAUAUGCAGAAGAAGAAUUCACAGAUGUUUAUCAUGUUCAGUAUUCAAGGAUCCAGUCAGCCAGGUAUGCAAAACAUCAUUUGGAUGGCAGAGCCUUUUAUGGUGGAAUUUUGCAUGUCUGUUAUGCUCCCGAGAUGGAAUCUGUGGCAGAAACCCGAGCCAAGUUGAUACAGAGGAGGAAGGACAUAGCUAAAAGGACUCGAGGAGACAUCCCUUGUACAGGGCUGAGUCAGAAUGAGGCUGUAUUUCAACCACAGCAGUAUCACCGACAGAAGAGACAUCCUGCCUUGCCUUUAACUGAGGACAGGUUAGCUCAGGCUCAGGCUAGUGGUGUUGGUGAAGCAGGCUGCAUAUGGCAGGGAGUCCCCUGCAGUAUAGAUCCUCGGAUAAUUGCCCCAGCACCUGAGUUACUUGAGCCCAAAAGAGUGUAUGGUCCGCAAAAACCAGAUGAUGGUUGGGCACUAGCUGGUGUGAGAGAACAAAGAACAAUAAAAAAAUGUAGCAAAACAAAACCAAUAUCAACUGUGACAACGAUACUCCCCUCUAGCUUGCUACCACCAAAGAAGACUGCCGCUUCAGUUAUGAGGUUCAUCCCACGACAAGUGAGAACGAAGAGCCAGAUAGUGUUUCACAAGGCAGGAGGUGGGGAACAAGGGAAAGAUGACACUCAGUCUUUAAAGAGAAUGUCCAAGCAUAUGGAUUCUAGUGAUGUUUCUCUGGAUGCUAACAUGGUGGAAGUUCGUGAGAAAAUAAGAGCGGUGAGUGUGCCAAAUGUGCAAGUAAUUUUCAAUGGAGAAGAUCCUCUGGGAGCAAAAUGAUUACCAAUCUGAGGUCACCAGAAACAAGUUGGCUGUUUAUGCUUGUAAUCUGUGCAAAAUAAUAAUGCACAUUAUUUAUAGCAUAAGGUGGUUUAUCUGCCUACAGGAUUUGUCCCUCCAGGCUACAGUUUUUCUUGGUAUUAUACCUUUAUUAAAGCACAGGUAUUUACUCAGAUGUGUAUAUUUUUUAUUUAUAUUUAAACCAUUUUCAAAUGUUUUUACUUGUUUAUGAAAGUCAUAGAAUGUGGUGAGUGCUUGAAAAAUUGUGGAUCACAUUUGAGAGAGUAUCCAGAGAUUGUGGAAUUAGCAGUUAUAUUGUGACAUUCAAUAUACAUAACUUUUCAAGAAGUGUUCAUAGCACUUGCUAACAUCAACAACAGAAACCAUGAACAUCUGCAAGAUAGUAAAUGUGUUCGUUCGUCCUUAACUGGAGCUUAAAACUAAAGUUGGCAAACAAGAUUGUGAGUAGCUCUGUAUUCCUGUAGGAAAAGAAAGAUGCUAUGCUUUUAAUUAAUGAUUCAUUUAAUAUGAAAAACAAUUUUAGUGUCAUAUUAAUCCAAAUUUUUAAGACUUCAUACAACAUAUCACCAAACUCAUAACACAUCUUUUUGAGAACCAAUGUUUAUGUCAAAAAAGUUCAGAGCUGGUAUUUAAGGAGAAAUUAUGAAAUGUUAUUAGUACAGCUGCAUGGAAAGCUGGAAGGAGUUAUAAGGAAUGUGCUUAAGUCUGUAUAAAUGUAUUUUGUCUUGUGAACAUUCUGUAUUCUUUGUAUACAGAAAAUACAGACAUGACUACUGACCUA